AGACGAAUUCCACAGAGUGGCAGGUUUGUCCUUUGUAGUAAAAUAUAUGACGCAUAUUUAAUAUUUAGUCAUAUUAUUAAUAUCUAUACAUGUAUUCCUUAUGCACACACUUCAUACUUCCAAAACUUUCUGUUUCAGGGUUUCCAAAUGUAAUUGGGUGCAUUGAUGGCACUCACAUUCCUAUUAAAGCUCCAUCAAUAAAUGAGGGAGACUAUGUUAAUAGGAAAUCUAUUCAUAGUAUCAAUGUGCAGGUAAUAUGUGAGGCAACCCAAAUCAUCACCAAUGUCGAGGCAAAAUGGCCAGGAUCUGUGCAUGAUGCCAGAAUUUUCCGCGAGUCAUCAUUAUGCCAGACAUUUCAGCAGGGACAGUACAAUGGUUACUUGCUGGGGGACAGAGGAUACCCUUGUCUGCCCUAUUUAAUGACACCCUACCCUGAACCUGAGCCUGGACCACAGACACGGUUUAACCUGGCUCACAGCCGAACACGGGCCAAGGUGGAGAUGACUAUAGGGAUCCUCAAAUCUCGGUUUCAGUGUCUGCGUGGGCUCCGGGUUAGUCCAGAGAGGGCAUGCGACAUUAUUGUGGCUUGUGUUGUGCUUCACAAUAUUGCCACUAUAAGAGGAGAGAGCCACCCUCCUUGUAUUGAGGAAGAUGGCCCAGAGGAACACCGACAGAUUUUAGAGGCCAACAGAGACGGAAGACUUUUGAGAGACAGGAUUUGUCAAAAUUACUUUUAUUAGUUUUUUUUUGCACUGGUCUGCCAGGCAGUUUAUU